CAGUGGCUUCUCCGUGGUGUAGCUCACAGUAUUCCCAGCUACAAUCAGCUGACCCCAAUGAUGGCCAUGAGAAGGGCAAUAUUUUGGGAAUUGUAACUUUGGAACAAAUAUUGCAGCACCGAAGAGGCUGCUGCGUGAUAUGAUUGGAAGCUGUCGGCAGGCGUCAGUGCCUAGAAGGGGCGUGGUCUCACGAAUAGUUCCUGUCGCAUGACCGUGUCAGGUGAAUGCAAUCUGGCGGUGACAAUGGUUGCUGCACAAAGGCUUAUUACCGGCGCUUUUCUUUGCUCUUUGGCCACUCUUUUGCCGUUAGGCUCCUCGCGUUAUGCUCCUAACUGGGAAUCGCUAGACGCUCGGCCGCUGCCCCCUUGGUUCGAUGAGGCCAAGUUCGGGAUAUUCCUGCACUGGGGGGUGUUUUCGGUGCCCUCCUUUGGCAGCGAGUGGUUCUGGUGGAACUGGCAGCACGAGCGCUCGGAUGCCUAUGUCAAGUUCAUGGAACGCAACUACCGGCCGGGCUUUACCUAUGCAGACUUUGCAGCUCAGUUCACCGCAGAGUUUUAUGACCCGGACGCCUGGGCGCAACUAUUCCAAGCCGCGGGGGCCAAGUAUGUUGUCCUGACCACCAAGCACCAUGAAGGUUUCACAAACUGGGGCUCUCCUGUGUCUUGGAACUGGAAUGCAGUAGAUGUUGGUCCACACCGUGACCUGGUUGGAGACUUCAGCAAUGCAUUAAGAAAACGGAACAUAAGUGUUGGUUUGUACCACUCUUUAUUGGAAUGGUUUCAUCCCCUUUAUUUACUAGACAAAAAAAAUGACUUCAAAACCCAGUAUUUUGUUUUUUCGAAGACAAUGCCUGAGCUCUAUGACUUGGUUAACAGAUAUAAACCAGAUCUGAUCUGGUCAGAUGGAGAUUGGGAGUCACCUGACACCUACUGGAAUUCCACUGACUUCCUGGCUUGGCUCUAUAAUGAUAGUCCUGUCAAGGACAAUAUUGUGGUAAAUGAUCGGUGGGGCAGUAAUUGCUCAUGUUAUCAUGGAGGAUACUAUAACUGUGCUGAUAAGUUUACACCCAGCAGUUUGCCAGCACACAAAUGGGAAAAGUGCACCUCUGUUGAUACAUAUUCCUGGGGCUACAGGCGUAACAUGCAAGUAAACCAGCUAAUGAACGAAAGAAACAUAAUUGCGGAACUAGUAGAGACUGUGAGCUUUGGAGGAAAUUAUCUAUUGAAUGUUGGUCCCAGUAAGGAGGGGCUUAUAGUUCCCAUCUUUCAGGAAAGGUUAUUGGCCGUAGGAAAGUGGCUGGCAAUUAAUGGAGAAGCAAUUUAUGCAUCCAAACCUUGGCGUGUACAAAUGGAGAAAUCAACAGUUACCGUUUGGUACACCUCUAAAGGUAACAAUGUCUACAGCAUAUUCAUGUCCUGGCCAGAGGAUAAUGUUCUAAAGCUGCAGUCCCCCAAAUCAACAUCCCAAGCUACAGUGACCUUGUUGGGGCUGUCUGGACAUCUUACCUGGAAACAAAGUCCUGAUCUUGGACUAAUUGUCUCACUGCCACCAUUACCUCCAGGAGCAUUCCCAGUGGAAGCUGGCUGGGUUCUUAGACUGGAAGGAGUAAAUUAAUUUUGGUUUGAGGAUAAAUCUAUUAAUUAUCAAAGACCAGAGCAGCACUACUUUAAUGAAUGUCAGUUUUUGUUUAAAUCGGGUACAAUUUUGGAGAGGCUAAUUUUGAGCUACGUAUGUGAUUUAUUGUCAUUUUUUUAAAGGAAUGAAAAUUUGCAGAAAUGUGAUUAUUAUUCUUUUGUUACUUUUUUUUGUAAAACAGUGAUUUUCUGACAGAACUAGAUGAAGCAUUACAAGUUGAUUCUGUUUGUUAAAGACAAUGUUAUAGCAUGUUUAUGUCAUGCAAGAUUGAUGUAGUAGUGAUGUCAGAUCUAAUUGCUUUUCCCGACCUGUGCCUUAUUUCCUGCAGAAAAAAAAUGAUUGCUCAUAUGGGAAGUUCAUUUAAUUUCCAGGGACGGAUUUCCUUCACGGCGCCCCUAGGGCACGCAGUCCUAACAUCCGUCCACAUUUGCACGUGUUACCCCUACUUUCCUGCCCAUGACCUGCAUUUUACAUUAAAACUGUAGGUGAUAUAUUCCUACUUCAGGUACCAUGUGGUUUUAUGCACCUCAUUUUAUGAUACAGCUUCAGGUAACACAUGGUUCGAUAGAGCCUCAUUUUCAUUCUGCAAAUAUUUAAACAUUUGUUAACUACUUUUCUCUUUAUUGGACAGUAUACCAAUGUACAAGAGUAGAGAUAUUUCAGAGGCCAGUAUAUCAUUCCUUUCGCUUUAUUACAUUCUCUUUUAAUUCACCGAUAUACAAAAGUUAUCCAUUUAUAUUGACUGAAGAAGGCACCAGGGGAGGCUUACCAUUAAUUAUUGUCCUUUAAGGAAUUCACUAAUAGGAACCAAACAAUAGAUGUGAGUACCUCCAAAAAGUAGAACUAGUAGAAUAGGCUAUGAGUGCCCCCGAGAGAUAAGUGCCCCAACAGGCACGGAAUGCAUUAAGCCAUUUUCUAACAUGUUCGGAGGUACUCACCGCUAUGGUUUGGUUCUUAUGUACAUGCACUGUAAAAUGGCAACGGUUUAACAAUGUAAUAUUGUCUUUACACUGAUUAGAAAAGACAGAGACGCUACAAAAACUGUUUAAACUUAUACUGAGUAUUGUAACAUCCUCCUUUAUAAACCUGUUGUUCCUGUUUUGUAACAUAAUCUGCAGACAUUCUUAUGCUAUCUCUACCACCAUCACUUCCUCAUUACAUGGAACAGUUCCCCUUGCCUUCCUGCAGGUUUGUGGCUUAUUUUCAAUCCGCGAUUAGGGUUUGGUUUUUGAAUUUAUGGACUUCAUGACAUAAGUCACUGGUGAAAUGUAAAUUUAUACUAUGUGACAAAAUGUCUACAAAUUAUUAUUUUUGAUUGUUUUGUUGUAAGAGGGAAAGAAAGGGUAAAAUUACUUUUUUGAAAAUACUGUUUCUAUUAUAAUAAAGAUACUUUUUUCAUAUA